GUGGAGAAGACCCGGCUCAGUGAACAGUACUUUCCUGCCAUGCAGUAGUUUGUGGUGUAUGAGCUCGGUCUCAAACUGCUACCUGUUGCUAGCCAGCUGGAAGCCUCCCAGCCAGCUGGAAGCCUCCCAGCUUCUCAAACAGUACACGGAGAGAGUAAAGACAACCCGUUCCCCAGGAAGAGUGUGUCUCGGCUGCUGGACCCCCUGGUCAUGUCCCUGGUUCAGCAGAUCCCUGGAGUAGGGAUGGUCAAAGCCAUGGCCCUGCUCCAGCACUACUCCAGUAUCCACCAGCUGUACAACGCAGGGACCCAUGAACUGGAGCCCAUCGUGGGCCAGGCCAUGGCUCAGCACAUACGCAACUUCUUCCACAACCCAUUAGUCUGACUCUGACAGCAUGGCACAGCUCAUUGACAAAUCAUUACCUGUUUAUGUUCAAGUGUGUACGGAGGGGGCACACGUGAACCUGACACAAUCUUUUUUUCACAUCUCGAUGGAAUGCAACACGCCUUGUUUAUACAAACAAAAUGUUUUGGUGUUUGUCUGUGUAUGCAAAAUGUGUUGCAGUUCUUGGGCCAUUGGAGCGCUGCACUGGAAGUGUGCGUGUGUCUGACUGACCACUAGAUGGAGUAAGAUGCCUUUUCCUCAUCCAGAACAAUUCAUAAACUUCCAUUGGAACAAUACAACCUAAAGCAAGGCCUGUGUUACUGAUAGCGGGUGCCAACGGAAAUACUAUAUGACAACCUUUUUCCAACCCUUGUCAGGGCUUCUUGGAGCUCAAACAGAAACCACAGAUCCCCUGGCUUAGUUCAAUCCAAUCCAUUUGCACUGAAGCAUUUUGUCUCAAUGGAGGAGUACUUUCUUGGCAAGGCUGUGGGAGGCCUUCUUUCCAAAUCCACAGUCAGGACUGCCUUUUAUUCCAGUCUGACCAUGUGACCUGGGCUGGCUGCAUGGAGCUUUCCCUGGCCAGUGACUUCCCCCUGUGACACUCCAUUCCAUCCCAAUCCAACAAGAAGUAACAUUGGCAUGCUGGCCAAAGCAUGAAUUGACUGAAUUAAUUAACUGCUACCUCAGCUCAUAUCCAUUCUUAAAAACUGGAACUUACAUUUUCUUUAUACUGGACCUAAAAAAAUGUAACUUUACUAAUUUGGGGAUUUUAUUAGUGUUAUUACAUUUGGUCUGGACAGUCUUUGUUUGCUUUUUUUGUUUAUGUAUUAUUUCAUUUCAGAGCGUCAUCUAAACUUUUGACCCAGUGUGAUGCUGUGAACCUUUGCACUUCACAAUGGGAUAACACCUUGCUGGCAGUGAAACCGCAGUCGGUUAAAAGAAGACUUCUCUCUUUCUUUAUCUCACUCCUUCCCUCUGUUCACAUUUCCUCAGUUACCCAGAGUGGCUCCUGUGAUGUAUUGGUUUUCUGCUCGGUCUCCUCCUUUAAGCGUCGCAGCACACUGUUGGCAGUGUUCGUCCUUCCUCACUCCCUGCACACAAAGCAGCCGGCCUUUUUAUUGGCCUUCUGACAGGAUCAGCUGAAUCCAGGCCCUUUAUUGGGCAGUCUGUGGUGUUAGCGAGAGAGGCAGAGAAAAGACCUGGUACGAGCGCUCAAUUUGACUUCCUAAAUUCCACCAGGGUCCUUUCAGAGACGAAGGGAAACAUGAAGAAGACCCUCUUUGGGAAGCAUGCGCUGGUGGGGCAGAGGAGCAAGUCCGCCUCUCUUUGAGUUUCUUCUUCCGAACAGUUCAUCAGGAGGCUGUUCAGAGUUGCAUCAAUAACAUGACUGGGCCUAAUUUUAGAUACAAAAGGAAACAGAGGGGCGGAGUUGUGUGAAUGGGAAUGUAUCCGACAUGAAACGUAUUUGCCAAAAUAUUUUAUGUUCACAAGUAAAUUAUUUAAAAGCAGGUACAUGAUUUUAAUUUUUUUUAUUUUAUUUUGGGGGCGAAUCCCUGUCAUCCACAUGUUUUGUAAUCUAUUUACACUUUAUUUUUUCCACAAUUCAAAACAGUAAUUUUGUUAAUUGAUUAAGCUACUUUUCUUUGGAGUCAGUUUGAGAUCAAUUCUCUCCUAUACUGUAGUAGAUAUAGGCCUGCAAUACACGGUGUGCAUGCUCGUUAAAUUUUGCUUUGAUGGACUGAAGAUAGUUCAAUCAAACCUUGCAUUUGCUCUUUCACACCCUUUGAAAUAUUGAUUAGCUGGUCAAUCAUUUAGUAUGUUCCAUAAUGGCGUGCACUUGUGUUAACUGUGGUCAUUGGUUCAUCAUUUUCUUUAACAUGUAUUCAUUUUUAUUUGACGGUCUGGUUGCAAUUCAUUAGAUUAAAUACCUUAAAAUUCCCUAUCAAUAAUAUUUGAGAAGAUUAAGUGAAUUUGUGUACUCUGAAAUGGGGGCCUGAACACUGAGCAAUCGAGAUUAUGCAGACACAGUUGUGUUCAGAUGGGGGGUUAACUCAACUAGGAGUGUGUCCCAACCCUGGAUUGUGAUGCACGCAAGCCUCAGAUAUUAUCGUCGGUAUUGAAACAGAGCAUUUGGUAAAAAGAUGGACGUCGAAGUUCGAAAGGAUCUCCGAGUGAGAUUUAGUGAAAAACGUCCAGCGACGCUCAAGUAGUUGAUGGCACGAGAGUGGGUUAGUUAGCAUUCUACCCUGGACAGCGACAGAUUGUUGCGCAUGCGCACCCUAUUCAGCGUGCAUCAAUACCGUGUGUGAGUUCAAGAGAGGAAUUCGAGAAAGCCUUUGAUAUGGUCGCAGACAUGGAUGGAGAAAAGCGGAAAAGAAGUAUCUGCUCACGGCAAGAUCCAGCAGCUGCACUGAAGAUCUUGAAAGAUGGGAACAACAAGCGUGACGAAAUCCCUGAUAGAGUGACUCUGAAAAAAGAAAUAGGACUUUUAAGCGCCUGUACAAUAAUCAUAGGGAACAUAAUUGGUUCUGGAAUCUUCAUCUCUCCUAAGGGGGUUCUAGAGCACUCGGGUUCAGUGGGUCUAGCACUGAUUGUGUGGGUACUAGGGGGCUGCAUAGCUGCCCUGGGUUCCCUCUGCUAUGCUGAGCUGGGGGUCACCAUCCCCAAGUCAGGGGGGGACUACUCCUACGUCACAGAAAUAUUCGGAGGCCUUGUUGGGUUUCUCCUCCUGUGGAGUGCGGUGCUCAUCAUGUACCCCACUACCCUGGCUGUCAUCGCCCUCACCUUCUCUAACUAUGUCCUUCAGCCUGUAUUCCCCGACUGUGUCCCUCCCUACAUGGCUACACGCCUGCUGUCAACAGUCUGUCUCUUGUUCCUGACCUGGGUGAACUGCUCUAGUGUGCGUCUGGCCACCAGGAUCCAGGAUGUUUUCACGGUGGGGAAGCUGGCAGCCCUGGGUCUCAUCAUAGUGGUCGGUCUGGUGCAGAUCUGCAAGGGUAACUACGAGGGACUGACGCCUCAGGUGGCUUUUGAGUUCAGCAGGACGCCCUCAGUUGGGCAGAUCGCUCUGGCUUUCCUCCAGGCCUCUUUCGCCUUCAGUGGAUGGAACUUCCUGAACUAUGUCACAGAGGAAGUGGUUGAACCGCGACGGAACCUACCUCGUGCCAUUUACAUCUCAAUCCCAUUGGUGACCUUUGUGUACACGCUCACCAACAUCGCCUACUUCUCCGCCAUGUCACCCGAGGAGCUGCUCUCAUCCAACGCUGUGGCCGUCACAUUUGGAGAGAAGCUCCUGGGGAUGUUCUCUGUCAUUAUGCCCAUCUCUGUGGCCUUGUCCACGUUCGGAGGCAUCAACGGCUACCUCUUCACCUCCUCAAGAUUGUGUUUCUCUGGGGCCAGAGAGGGACAUCUACCCAGCUUGCUGGCCAUGAUCCACUUUAAGAACUGCACCCCCAUCCCAGCUCUCCUCUGCUGUUGUGCUGCCACCAUUGUAAUCCUGUGUAUAGGAGAGACACACAACCUGAUCAACUAUGUGUCCUUCAUCAACUACCUCUCCUAUGGAGUCACCAUCGCAGGCCUGCUCUACUACCGAUGGAAGAAGCCCAAACUUUACAGACCAAUUAAGGUCAACCUCCUUGUCCCUGUCACCUACCUGAUGUUCUGGGCCCUGUUGCUGGGCUUCAGUCUGUACUCUGAGCCAGUGGUGUGUGGUGUUGGGCUGGUCAUCAUGCUCACUGGUGUACCAGUUUACUUCCUGGGGGUGCACUGGAAAUCCAAGCCAAAGUGUAUCUAUGACUUCAUCGAGUCAGCGACCUACGUGGCACAGAGGCUGUGUUUCGUGGUCUUCCCCCAGUUCGACCCCAUCGAGAUCAGUCCGAUCGAAGAAUGGCCUGACAAAUCUUCCAACAUUCUCUCUGGGAAGUCUUAAACUGUUUUUGCCUUCUGAAGUAUUUUUCUUUUUUGUAUAUUCUGUCACUGUAUGAUGACAUGGUCCUUUCCUUUUAGUGGAGCCCCUUGUCUGGUCUUUGGUCAUCUGAGACUCAUAUCCUUUUCUUUACUGCUAAGUGGAAUUGCCUGCGUUUUGAUGCACGGGCCACUUGCAAAUGUUUUUCUCCUCUUUUUCUACUAAGUCGUCAAGUACAAGCUAAUGCCAACAGUAUCACGUUCUGAAACAGACUUCAUAUUCCCUAAGGAACUAUUUGCGACUUUUCUGUAACUUUUCAACAUUGGCAGUAUUUUGGUUUUGACCUGAGAUUUACUGUGUAUCACUGUGCCUUAUAGGGAGAAAUGGGUUCCUUAUUAAUUAAUGUUCUCUCUUAAUGUAUUUUGGAACGCUUAACGCUUUGUGUGUUCCUUAUGAGAAUUAGAAAAAGCACUGUGGUCUUCCAUAUUCUGCUUCUUGCCAGUUAAUUUGCCACAUGAAAUGGGUUCCUCGGAUUUGUGAACAUAUUCAGAACCAUCUGUGAACAUAGACUUCAGAGCCUUUGACUUGAUUCCUUUGGAAAUUAAUCUCUUUAGCCAGCAGCAGAAAACAAGAUAGAUUUGUUCUGAUUGUAUACUACUGAUGAUAGAUAGGUUGUAGUUGAUAGUUGAGGGUCACUCUGUGUUUUUACUUAGUUUAAUGCUUGCCAUUGCCUUUUACACUACUGAUUCUAUGUCAUGCUAUAAAUACACACAACUGCAAUGUUCACAGCUGACUAAAUGACCCAAACUCCAAUUUAUACGUGGAAGUAAAACUCCUCACAAAAUGCUUGCUGCACUUUUCUAAUGUUUAUUUCUAAACUAAGAUUGUAAUAUUAAGUUAACUUAUUUUAUGUUUUAUUUGUACCACACUUAAAACUAAACAUCCUUACAUGUGCUGGGAACCUGACAAGAACAUGCAAAAGGCAUUUGCUUUUCCAGUGGAGUACUGUACUGUAUUUCUCAGCCCCAGACAGAGUUCUUUAACAACUAUUUGUUCUUCAUUAUGGCCAGGCCCUUGACUGUUACUGUAAAACUAAACUUGGGAUUUGUUGUAUUUCUUUUUAAAUAGAUUUGAAUUGGCAUACCUUGAUAGAUACUGAAGAUACUGUAUUGUACUAAAUGGAUGGGUACAGUGGCAAGAAAAAGUAUGUGAAGCCUUUGGAAUUACCUGUAGAUCUGCAUAAAUUGGUCAGCAAAUUUGAUCUUAUCUUCAUCUAAGUCACAACAAUAGACCAACACAGUCUGCUUAAACUAAUAACACACAAACAAUUAUAUCAUGUCUUAAUUGAUCACACUGUGUAAACAUUCACAGUGCAGGGUGGAAAAAGUUUGUGAACCCUUGGAUAUAAUAACUGGUUGACCCUCCUUUGGCAGUAAUAACCUCAACCAAACAUUUUCUGUAGUUGCGGAUCAGACCUGCACAACGGUCUGGAGGAAUUUUGGACCGUUCCUCUUACCAAAACUGUUUCAGUUCAGCAAUAUUCUUGGGAUGUCUGGUGUGAACCGUACUCUUGAGGUCAUGCCACCGCAUCUCAAUCGGGUUGAGGUCAGGACUCUGACUGGGCCACUCCAGAAGGAGUAUUUUCUUCUGUUGAAGCCAUUCUGUUGUUGAUUUACAUCUGUGUUUUGGGUCAUUGUCCUGUUGCAUCACCCAACUUCUGUUGAGCGUCAAUUGGCAGACAGAUAGCACUACAUUUUCCUGCAAAAUGUCUUGAUAAACUUGGCCAUUUUUUCAUAGAUGAUAGCAAGCUGUCCAGGCCCUGAGGCAGCCCCAAACCAUGAUGCUCCCUGCACCAUACUUUAUAGCUGGGAAGAGGUUUUCACGUUGGUGUGCUGUGCCUUUUUUUCUCCUCACAUAGUGUUGUGUUCCUUCCAAACAACUCAACUUUAGUUUAAUCUGUCCACAGAAUAUUUUGCCAGUAGUGCUGUGAAACAACCAGGUGCUCUUUUGCGAACUUCAGACAUGCAGCAAUGUUUUUUUUGGACAGCAGUAGCUUCUUCCGUGGUGUCCUCCCAUGAACACCAUUCUUGUUUAGUGUUUUACGUAUCGUAGACUCGUCAUCAGAGAUGAUAGGAUUCUUCUUAACCUCAUUGAGUAUUCUGCGCUGUGCUUUUGCAGUCAUCUUUGCAGGACGGCCACUCCUAGGGAGAGUAGCAACAGUGCUGAAUUUUCUCCAUUUAUAUACAAUUUGUCUUACUGUGGACUGAUGAACAUCAAGGCUUUUAGAGAUACUUGUGUAACCCUUUCCAGCUUUAAGUCAACAAUUCAUAAUCUUAGGCCUUCUGAGAUCUCAUUUGUUCGAGACAUGGUUCACAUCAGGCAAUGCUUCUUGUGAAUAGCAUACUCAAAUUUUGUGAGUGUCUUUUAUAGGGCAGGGCAGCUCUAACCAAUAUCUCCAAUCUUGUCUCUUUGGUUGGACUCCAGGUUAGCUGACUCCUGACUCCAAUUAGCUUUUGGAUAAGCCAUGUCGUGGUAAUUUCCUGUAUUACUAAAUGAUGAGAGUUUACAAACCACACACAAGUCAGAGUUAUAUUUUAAAGUCCAUCUUUAAUUAUAUGAGCUUCACCAUAGCCCUUUGACUCUCAGAUCAAUUCAGUGUCUAUAAAUGAAUUCUCUGAGAGUACUUACAAAAUAAUUCUUAGUAUCUUUUAUAGCCAAGAUACACCCCUCUCAACUUACAUGAUGAACCAAAGAUCUUAGAAACUUCACAAAGGGCCUUUUACUUGAAAGAGGAGUAUCCCAUAGCCAGAUAGCAUUAGCUAUAAAUUAUCAUUCAGUUUGGUCUCUUUAGACGAGGUUCUACUUCUCGUUAUUGGUACUUCCUAUUACCAAAACAUUACCUCAUCCAAUGGCAUAUAUCAAUUGUCAAUUCUAGAUACUCCCAUCUCAAAUACACCCCCUCUUCUCCCCACUCCUGGAGAAGCUCACUAAGGGGAGUGAACCUCUAGGUCAUAUACUAUGAAAGAUAAGUUCAACAUCAGAGGGGUGGUAUAAUGGUUCCAGACACUGCCAUACUCCUCCCCCCCAAUGGGAAAAUGAGGGAGUGACUGGAGUACCGACAUAGUGGAGCCCUUCACAUGGUUUCACAGAUAUAUUCAUCUAUUAAAGACAAUGUUCAAACCUGACUUCUCCCUUUCUGAUAUUCUGCAUAUUACCAGAUAUGUAAAAGACAAGCCUGACCUCUACCCUCUUUGGGCCCCAAGUGACUUUUCCCUAGAGAGAGAAAGGAAAAUGCAACUGCCAACAGUAUAGUCCAAAAGAAGACAUUCUAAUGACAAGUAUAAAAUACAUAAAACAUCUUAUUUAUCUACGUUACCUAACUAAUUCUGAUUCAGCUACGACAGUCAUUAGCCUAGGGGUUCACAUACUUUUCUCAAUCUACACUGUGAAUGUUUAAAUUAUGUAUUCAAUAUAGAAAAUAAAAAUACAAUAAUUGGUGUGUUAUUAGUUUAAGCACACUGUGUUUGUCUAUUGUUGUGACUUAGAUGAAGAUCAGAUCACAUUUUAUGACCAAUUUAUGCAGAAAUCCAGGUAAUUCCAAAGGGUUCACAUACUUUUUCUUGCCACUGUAGAUAGUUAUAUACUGUAGAUAGAUAGAGUUGAAGUCCAAAGUUUACAUACACCUUAGCGAAAUACAUUUAAACUCAGUUUUUCAUAAUUCCUGACAUUUAAUUCUCGUACAAAUUCCCUGUUUUAGGUCAGUUAGGAUCACCACAUUAUUUGAAGAAUGUGAAAUGUCAGAAUAAUAGUAGAGAAUUAUUUCUUUCAGCUUUUAUUUCUUUCAUCACAUUCCCAGUGCGACAGAAGUUUACAUACACUCAAUUAGUAUUUGGUAGCAUUGCCUUUAAAUUGUUUAACUUGAGUCAACAUUUUUGGGUAGCCUUCAACAAGCUUCCCACAAUAAGUUGGGUGAAUUUUGGCCCAUUCCUCCUGACAGCUGGUGUAACUGAGUCAGGUUUGUAGGCCUCCUUGCUCAUACACGCUUUUCCAGUUCUGCCCACAAAUUUUCUAUAGGAUUGAGGUCAGGGCUUUGUGAUGGCCACUCCAAUACCUUGACUUUGCUGUCCUUAAGACAUUUUGCCACAACUUUGGAAGCAUGAUUGGGGUCAUUGUCCAUUUAGAAGACUCAUUUGCGACCAAGCUUUAACUUUGACUGAUGUCUUGAGAUGUUGCUUCAAUAUAUCCACAUAAUUUUCCUCCCUCAUGAAGCCAUCUAUUUUGUGAAGUGCACCAGCCCCUCCUGCAGCAAAGCACCCCCACAACAUGAUGCUGCCACCCCCGUGCUUCAAGGUUGGGAUGGUGUUCUUCGGCUUACAAGCCUCCCCCUUUUUCCUCCAAACAUAACAAUGGUCAUUAUGGCCAAACAGUUCUAUUUUUGUUUCAUCAGACCAGAGGACAUUUCUCCAAAAAGUACGAUCUUUGUCCCAUGUGCAGUUGCAAACCCUAGUCUGGCUUUUUUUGGCGGUUUUGGAGCAGUGGCUUCUUCCUUGCUGGGCGGCCUUUCAGGUUAUGUCGAUAUAGGACUCGUUUUACUGUGGAUAUAGAUACUUUGUACCCGUUUCCUCCAUCAUCCUCACAAGGUCCUUUGCUGUUGUUCUGGGAUUAAUUUGCACUUUUCGCACCAAAGUAUGUUCAUCUCUAGGAGACAGAACGCGUGCGUCUCCUUCCUGAGCGGCUGCGUGAUCCCAUGGUGUUUAUACUUGCUUACUAUUGUUUGUAAAGAUGAACGUAGCACCUUCAGGCAUUUGGAAAUUGCUCCCAAGGAUGAACCAGACAUGUCGAGGUCUAGAAUACUUUUUCCUGAGGUCUUGGCUGAUUUCUUUAGAUUUUCCCAUGAUGUCAAUCAAAGAGGCACUGAGUUUGAAGGUAGGCCUUGAAAUACAUCCACAAGUACACGUACGAUUGACUCAAAUGAUGUGAAGUAGCCUAUCAGAAGCUUCUAAAGCCAUGACAUAAUUUUCUGGAACUUUCAAGCUGUUUAAAGGCACAGUCAACUUAGUGUAUGUAAACUUCUGACCCACUGGAAUUGUGAUACAGUGAAUUAUAAGUGAAAUAAUCUGUCUAUAAACAAUUGUUGGAAAAAUUACUUAUUAUGCACAAAGUAGAUGUCCUAACCGACUUGCCAAAACUACAGUUUGUUAACAAGACAUUUUUGAAGUGGUGGUUAAAAAUCGAGUUUUAAUGACUCCAACCUAAGUAUGUAAACUUCAAACUUCAACUGUAGAUACGUAGAUACCACAAUUUACUCAAGGAAAAUAUGUUAUGCCAAUAGCCAGAUAAAAUGAUUUAUGAUUAAGAUACACUACAUGACCAAAAGAAUGUGGACAUCUGCUCAUUGAACAUCUCAUUCCAAAAUCAUGGGCAUUAAUAUGGAGUUGGUCCCCCCUUUGUUACUACAACAGCCUCCACUCUUCUGGGAAGGCUUUACGCUAGAUGUUGGAACUUUGCUGCAGGGACUUUCUUCCAUUCAUCCACAAGAGCGUUAGUGAAGUCAGGCACUGAUGUUGGGCUAUUAAGCCUGGCUCGCAGUCGGCGUUCCAAUUCAUCCAAAAGAUGUUCAAUGGGGUUGAGGUCAGGGCUUUGUGCAGGCCAGUCAAAUUCUUCCACAUCGAUAUCAACAAACCCUUUCUGUAUGGCCCUCGCUUUGUGCACGGGGGCAUUGUCAUGCUGAAACAGGAAAGGGCCUUCCCCAAACUGUUGGCAAGAAGUGGUAAGGACAGAAUUGUCUAGAAUGUCAUUGUAUGCUGUAGCGUUAAGAUUUGCCUUCACUGGAAUUUAGGGGACUAGCCCGAACCAUGAAAAACUGCCCCAGACCGUUAUUCCUCCUCCACCAAACAUUACAGUUGGCACUAUGCAUUGGGGCAGGUAGCGUUCUCCUGGCAUACGCAAAACCCAGAUUUGUCCGUUGGACUGCCGGAUGGUGAAGUCCAAAUAACGCGUUUCCACUGCUCCGGAGUCCAAUGGCUGUGAGCUUUACACCACUCCAGCCGAUGCUUGGCAUUGUGCAUGGUGAUCUUAGGCUUGUGUGCGGCUACUCGGCCAUGGAAACCCAUUUCAUGAAGCUCCCGACGAACAGUUCUUGUGCUGACGUUGCUUCCAGAGGCAGUUUGGAACUCGGUAGUGAGUGUUGCAACCGAGAACAGACCAUUUUUACGCACUAUGCGCUUCAGCACCUGGCGGUCGCCUAAACGUUUCCACUUCACAAUAACAGUACUUAUAGUUGACCGGGGCAGCUCUAGCAGGGCAGAAAUACGAUGAACUGACUAGUUGGAAAGGUGGCAUCCUAUGACGGUGCCAUGUUGAAAGUCACUGAGCUCUUCAGUAAGGCCAUUCUACUGUGUUUGUCAGUGUUUGUCUAUGGAGAUUGCAUGGCGGUGUGCUCGAUUUUAUACACCUGUCAGCAAUAGGUGUGGCCGAAGUAGCCAAAUCCACAAAUUUGAAGGGGUGUCCACAUACUUUUGUAUAUAUAGUGUAUCAUUAUUUAGUUUGUAAGUACAACAUUGAGUUAUCUCUCUCUCUCCAACAGCUGCCAUAACCAUUAGGCCCCAGUCAGGGAAAACACACUGCUUAUGCAAGGUUUAUUACUACUUUAUAUGCAGUUUAGUUUAGAUUUCUAGAGCGUCUUGGUAUGAAGAGAUUUUACACUGUAAAUUAUUUGUAAAGCAUCAGGUGUUUACAAUGGGUUCAGUACUUGGAAUGUAUUUUAGCGCACUUUUUUGUAAAUGAGAAACUAACAAUAAUAGCACAAUAAAAUCAAAUACCUAUCUGAAA